AUGAAAUUCCUACAAAUAAGCUCACUUUUCAUUUUCAUGUUUAUAAAUUUCAAUUUUGUUUCUGCACAACAACUACAAAUACCAUCAAAUAUCUCCGCUUCAUGUCAAGCUGAAAUUCAAAAACUUGCUUCAAGCUCGGACCUCAGCAGUUGUGCUUCAUUUAUUAAAUUAUAUGCAUUGCAAAAUAAAACAAUGCAAUCUGCUGCUUCUCUAACACCAAUCUAUGAUAGUUAUUGUGCUGCGCCGAAAUGCAAUGAUAAUACCACUUCUGCUGAUGCUACUGAACUUAAAAGUCAAUGUCAAUCAGAUCUUACUGCGAAAGAUCCUACCGUUACUUACUUAAAAAAUGUUCUUAUUUUCAAUUCCCCGCUAAAGGAUUCUUUGUGUUUCAAAAACUCUUCCGGGGGAUAUUGUGAUUUGGAUCCAAAUAGUGAUUUGAUAAAUUACAUUAUUGGAUUGAAUGCUACUCCUCCUGCUAAUAUCAGUUGUAACGAUUGUAAUAAAGCCAUUUUAAAUUCUUUUGCGAAUUACUUUAAAUCUAAUCCUCAAUCCGUGUCUGAAUUGUCGUUUAAUACAACGUCUUUUGAAAAUUCGGUUACAACACAGUGUGGCUCUUCUUUCUUAAAUGGAACUAUUCCAAAUACAAAUGGAUCUAAUCCUAGUUCUGGCUCUAAUCCUGGCACUGGCACUGGUUCUGGCUCUAACUCUGGCUCUAACUCUAAUCCUAAAACGGGUAGUGGUGUCUCCAUACACUCUCCAUCUUUUACUGGCUUUACAGUGUUUACGAACGCUAUCAUCGUAGCUUCAUUUAUUAUUUUAAUUGAUUAUGUUAUUUAA